AUGUCGUUUCUUCCGCCGCUCGGCGCCUUGCUUCUGCCUCUUACGGCUCUUCUCCAGCCUGCCCUCGCCGCCAACGCCUAUACCACCACCAACAACGAGUUGCCCAAGGACAACAGUCCGAACUGCAGCUGCUAUGUCGUCCAGUCGGGUGCCAACUCACAAACCCCCGAAUACUUCCAAUACUACCGCUUCUACGACUUCCGGAACAUCCAAGGUGCCAUGACCGAGGCACCACCGCUUAUCAACAGCACACAGGUCGCUGGUAUGGAGCCCACAUGGCAGCCGAAUGUAUUCAACAGCGAUGCAUGGAAUACCGACUGGGGCAUCCAAAACUGGAGCAAGAAAGCGACAGAUGACUUCCCCGUCCCCAUGAACAACUCGCUCGCCAACGUCUACCUCGGGCAAGAAAAAGACGUCUCGUUCCUCUCGCUACGCACCUCGCGAGAAGAAUCAUACCAGACAUCCGCCGAAAUCGAGAACCACCAGAAGAACCUCAUGCACGUUUCCAUGCGCAUGUACGGCCGCGUAAAAGGCGACAAGGGCGCGGUAGCAGGCUUCUUCACCUUCUUCGACGACUCCAACGAGUCGGACGUGGAGAUUCUGACGCGCGAUCCCAAGGACCAAAUCCGCUACACCAACCAGCCCUCGGUCGACAAGUCCGGCAACGAAAUCCAAGCCGCGUCCGUGGGGCCGACCAACCUGCCCCGCUGGGACGACUGGCAGACGCACCGCAUCGACUGGCUGCCCAAGAACAGCUACUGGUUCCUCAACGACAAGCAGGUCGCGGCCAAUUCCUACUCUGUUCCCCGCAGGUCGAGCUACCUCGUGCUCAACAUGUGGAGCGAUGGCGGCGAGUGGAGCGGCAAUAUGAGCGAGGGCCACUCGGCCGAGUUUCAGAUUCAGUGGAUUGAGAUGACGUUUAACACGAGCGGGCCUUAUACGGGGAGCCAGAAGGAGGAUAAGAGGGAUGCUGAGAAGUCGUUGUUUGGACGCAAGAGCUCGGAAAAGCCGUGUCAGACUGUGUGUAAGAUUGAUGGCGUCGCCAAGGUGGGUACACCGGAGGUGGUCUCCAAUGUCACGAGUAGUGCUGCUGGUGCUGCUGGCAAGGGCGUAUCGUGGACGUUGUUGGUUGGGGUUGUGGGACUUGUGUCCAUG